AUGAGAAUGGGUCAAUCACUGAGAUGCCUCUUCUGGGCCACACUCUACUGUGUUCUUUAUCUUGUUAGUGCCUCCGAUGAAGACUUAUUGGAUUUCGAUUUCACCGACCUCAAGGAAAUCGACUGGAACUAUGAAAAUGACAAUAGUAAGGAAUUAUUGCCCAAAGGUACCACAGAGGAGAAUUUAAUCACCUUUGAUGAUGACAAUGAUUUGUUGGAGGAAAAUCAAGUGCAUCCAUUCGAUUGGCGGGAAAAGGUUUUAAGAACAGCUUUGUCUAAGGCUUUAUCGAAUAAAGCAGUCAGACAAAAGUUUGUCGAAGUCAUGCCCAUUUUGAGAGUGUUAUCGAAACAGCAACGUUUGGCUUUGUCGGCCUUGAUAACUUCCCAAAUAAAUGCCAAAAAGGGCAAUGAACUUAAACUGGAUCAGGUGCGCAUGAUGUUUGGUGAUGAUAAAUCCUUAAUCUUGCCCAUAGUCUUUGAUAUUGCCAACCUGGUGCGUAAUUCCGCCAAGAAAUAUAUAGAAUUCGAUUAUAAUUUGGCAGAUUUUGGAGACUUUUCGAAAACGAAAAUCUCUUAUGAAAGAAGAAAUUUGGAAUUGUCGCCGGAAGAGUUGGCAGCAGAGGAAAAUAAUGAGGGUAUUGGCACUUUGCCAGCUACGGCUCAAAUGACUCAGGGCGUACAGCUGGAUGGUUUGGAAGAUUUUAUGUCCGAAGAAAUAUUGGAUCCUAAAGAAAUUAAUGAGGAAUUGGAAGAACUAAAAGAAUUGAGUUCUAAAAACGAUACCAACACAAAUUUAGAUAAUGUAAGUUUUAAUAUGGAAUCAGAAGAGGUGGAUGAUGAUGAUGACGUGACAGAUCCUUUGGAUAUAAAUCGGCAAUUGCAAAAAGAUGUGCCCACUUUUACAUUGUUGAAACUUAAUAAAACCCAAGAUAUGGAAAUAUCUACCACAGAGAAACCCACAGAAAAAACCUCUACUGCCUCCACAAUUACUAAAACCACACCUAAAAUUCCUUUAAGACGCAUACGCAGGUCUUUGAGAAAACCUAAGGAAUUUGUGCAUAAACUAGUGCGUUCGGUGCCUUUGACUUUAAGUGAAGAAGAUUUGCAAAGAGGUAAUGCUGGACGCACUUUGAAAUUAAACACCACAGCUUUUGCUUCACCCAAAGAAACGACUAUACGUGCUAAUACACCAUCCUCCUCUACUUACCCUUCAACGAGUACUACCAUCACUACUAGAGCACCCAUUAUAGUUACCCCGGAAUCAGUACAACAAGAAGAAGAACACUUUGAACCCUAUCAAUUGGUUGAGGAUAUGGCUUUUGCCAGCUUAAACGGUUCCGAAAUAUUUCUCGAUGCUGACGAUAACAAAAACAACGAUUUAAUAACUGAAGCAAAAUCCGAACCCGAUGAUGAAGUUUUACCCACACCCGAAGAAUUGAUAGCGGGACCACGUUAUCGUUUGUCGGGUAAUAAAUUGAUGACAAUGCGUUCGAAAGUAGUGCCCGCCAACCGUAAACGUAUUCAAGUACGAGCUAAACCGAAAAAAGGGUCUGCGGGUAAUGGAGUACCGGCCCCUAAGAAAUGUGAACGGUUUACUGCCUCAAUGUGUAUAAAAACUGACGAUUAUCCUAUUGACCAAAUUAUGGGCAGCAUUAGAAGACAUCGUAAUGCCAUGACCGCUCUAUUGGCAGAAUAUAGUGACAAAGCUUCCAAUGCAGUGGAUACAUCAGAGGAUUUUGACGAUUAUAUUUAUGGCCAAAAAAGACGUCAGGAUAAUGACAUACAAGGUGGCUUGUGUCAAAGUAUUGUCCGCUAUGCUAGACCCCAAAAGGCCCGUUCAGCUUCCGGUGAAUGGAAAUAUAUUGUAAAUACGGGACAACAUACCCAAACUUUACGUUUGGAAAAAUGCAUGAAUCCCCAAGAAAGUUGCAGUUAUUUAGCAGCCUCCUAUCGUUCCCACUGUGCCCAGGUCUAUAACUACCAUCGCCUACUGAGUUGGGAUAAGACACGUGGUCUGCAUGUCGAUAUUUUCAAAGUACCCACUUGUUGCUCCUGUCAAAUUGAUGGCUACAAACAACAAUUCCCCGCCUUAAGCUCACAGCCACAACAAGAAGACUUUACGCCCAUCUACAAGGGAGAGAUGUACCAACAAUACCAACAACAUCAGCAACAACAACUCGACUAUAAUGAUGAAGAGGAGGAAGAAGAUGAGGAAUCCGUCUAUGGCACACAAUUCCAGCAACAUAAACAUGACGCUAGUUUCGAUGCCAAUGAACUGAGCAGUAAUAGAGUUAAGAGUAAAGUUCCCAGUCCAACAGUGGGCUCGUAUCUAAGUCCCCCUGGUAGUGGGAAAUAUGAACAAACCUAUUUGUAUAAAUUUCCCAGAGACACAGCCACAACUAAAACUCAACAAUCUCCCUCAUUAUCCUCGUCGGCCUCGAAUAAACACUAUUCGCGAGAGGUACAACGUAGAAGACCGCACAAAAGUUAUGGCGGAGAUAGUAGAGCGGAUCUGGACUUUUCGCCCAGUGAACAGCAUGCAGAAAGAGAGGUAAACGAUUUUGGCACAGCUAAAGGCAAAGAUGAGAGUACUCAUCAAAAACGUAAAACUAUUUAUUCUGUUACCCAUACAGCUAGCACCGGCAGUAGCGGCAUUAGCGACAGCAGCACUACGGCCAUCCCAGCCAGCACCGGAACCAUUCGUGCCGUCACAACUACAGCCACAACACGACAUAGACGACCCACCCACGUUGAUACCAAUGCCCACCAAAAGCCAUCAAUUACAGCAACAGCUAACAUACCAACAACAACAACAGCAGCAGCUACAACAACAUUACCAUCAUCCCCUAUUGGGUCAGCAUCUCUACCGACCCACUAUUACACCCGUUCACGACAUGUCCUCAAAAACCAAUCCCGGCUACGCAUACCAUACACGAUCACGUCAGCCAACGCGGGAGCGGGAGGUGGUGGUGGCCAAAAGAACAUUGCAGCGCCUACGACAGAGUUCGGCCAAGACGUCACGACAACAACAACAGCAGCAACCUCAUCAUCAUCCUCAUCAACGCAGCCACCGGAUGUUUAUGCUGUAAAUCCGGAAAUUUUUAAAAAUCAUUAUAAAACCAAAUUUAAUCUAAACUACACUACAACUCCCACGCUCACCACUUCCGCCACCUCCACCUCCUCCACACAUCCCUCACCACCCAAACGUAUAAACUACAGUUAUCAUCCCAUAAUAGAUUUUUUCGAAUACAACCGACUGGUAACAAACUCUGCUAAAACCACUACUCCACCCCAAACAUCCAGGACAGCUACAGAAAACACCACUAAAUACUUAUCCUCCACUCAUUUGUAUCCCCAUAAAAUUCCCAAUAAAUCUGUUGCGGCCCAAACACCAGUUCAUCCCCCACAACAUGAUCAGCAACACAAGCAACAACAUAAAUAUCGGAUACAUCAAACUCAGCGUAGAAUUGGUUACGGUGCUGCUGCUGCUGCUGUUGCAGCUGCUACUGAUGGUGUUGGCACUAGUAGCAGUAGUAGUGGUGGUGUUGUUUUUAAUACUUCCCCACAAAAUACUAACCCUCAACUGAAUUCCGGCAAUAGUCCCGUGGAAACGGAUGUUUGGCAUCCGGUGAUUUUGCAAGAUUUUUAG